CUUCAUACCAUAUUUGGAUUACAAACUGAGUGACGUCAUAUCUCGGCGCCUCGUCGUUUGACAAACAUUCAAACCUGUUGGCGGUGACCUCUGCGUUCAGAUGGCCCCUCACAAAUUCGUCAUCAAGUGUGGGAACUUUGCCGUGCUGGUGGAUCUCCACGUCCUGCCCCUGGGCGGCCGAGUGGACGCCAGCUGGUUUACUGCGGACCGCGUCAAGGAGGUUACAGGCCUGGUUCGAGAUGCGGUGGACCAGAGGGUGAAGCUGUACAUCGAGUCCCUCCACACUCCAAGACGGGCCAAACAGAAGAAGGAGCUGCCACCUGCUAAGUCGCUGUUUGCAAGAGGUGACACACCAAACCGUAUUCCAGUCCCCAAAGACAAAACAUCAACAGUAACCUCACCAGAAUCAAAGCUGAGAAACUAGCAGAGCUAACGUUAGAGCCCUCUUGUA